GAUUCCUCUGAUCCCAACUACCCCGAAAACUACGCUAGUGGAGGUGAAGGAGAAGCUCCAGGUGAUUUGGAAAAUGCCUCAGACGGUGAAAGCUCUGAUGAAAAGGAUAAUGCCAUCUUAGCCUGUCUGAGGCCUGAGGCUAGGAUUCCUCAGACAUCAGGCUUUGAGUCUUCAUUUUCGGUUAUUCGCCAACAGAAAAAACUCAUUAUACCUCUACUGAAACCAUUUGGCUCUUUCCAUACUGCUUCUGGUGCUUCCGAUGAAUUUACUCACACUCUUUUGACCAAGGCCUCUGCGGGAGCACUUGAAUGCGAGGAAGCAGCUGAGUUUGCUGCAGCCAGGCAGCUAUUCGAAUUACGCCGCAACCAGCGUAGCCAGCAGGCUAUUCUUCUGCAGGAACGCAUGGCUCAGGUAGAUGAAGACUUAAGGCGGCUGGCUAAACGAGCCCAGAUGACCGAAGCCACUCUCAAAGCUGCCCUUUCACAUGGCUCCUCGCCCAGCAGACCAACAAGUCAUACCUCUCGUCAAAGCUUACCUAAUCUUGUUACUUCAACUUCAUCUGAAAUCACAUCUGCUCCUACUUUUGGAACUGGCGUCUGGGAUUCGCCUGUAUCCAGACCAGCAUUAGGAGAUAGAAGUGUCGUUCAUACAAAGGCCAGAUCCACUUCUUAUUGCCCGCUUCCUUGCCUCCGCCUUAUGAAUUCACUUUCUGAUCUUUCAAGAGCCGACCUCCCACAGCUAAGAAAGGCCAGAAAUAAUGCUGCUGAUGUUACUACGAAUUCGGUUACUCUUGUUCAGCAUGAUCAAUAUAAACAGGAAUUAUUCCGUAGCUUGGUCGUUUGCUUGGUCGAAAAAGACCGCCUCCUUGUCUUCGAGGCCGAUCUAGCUCGACAGGUUCGCCUGCUAGAGCUUGAGCGUGAACAAGAUGCUCUUGAAGCAUUGUACCGGGCCAAGCGAUUUCGAUGGCUUUCUCCAGGGCAACAAGCAGGCACGCUUGACCGGCCUGGCUCGUUCGAUUCUUUAUUAAUGGUGAUGCUCGAAGAUUGGGCAAGGAGAGACGCCGAUUUCCUAAUAGGAUCAACAACUGGCAAGGAGUUAUUUGAUUGGACAGAUAAGCAGCUUUUGGACAGGAUGAUGAAAGUCGUCGAAGAACGCAACUCUAUUGUUCGACUUCAGGAAGAGGCAAACAACAGGUAG